AGAAAUUUACUACUGGUAAUAGUUUACUUUAGGAGCGGAUCAAAAAAAAAAAAAAUAGUUUACUUUAGGAGAUCAAACUGAAAUUGAACACACUCUCUCUCUCCCCGCUCACUGCGACUGUUCAGACUCCUCUUCAAAGCUCGGCGAUGGCGUUUUCGUCCUGGUUCUCCCGUUUACGUUCUUCCUCAAAACCCUUUUACGGCAACCUACGCCAUUCACUUCUCAACAGGAACAGUUCACCAAGUCCUCAAAUUAGAGAGGCCCUGAUUUCAGACAAGAAACGAAAACCCAUAUUUUCGUGGGCAUCCUCUUUGCUGCUUCCACUAGCUCUAGCAGUUUCCGCUGGAUCACUCUCCCUCCACACCCACACCAACCCUUCUCUCUGCGACGCCUCCCAUGUCGAUCCUCGGGGGUUGAGCUUCGGGGGCGAGGGAAGCGGAGAGUACUUGGUGAAGGGUUCUCACAAGAAUAUCCCACAAGAGCUUGUUAACGAGUUGAAGGCUAUUUGCCAAGAUGAUAUGACAAUGGAUUUCGAUGAGAGGCACUUUCAUGGGAAACCACAGAACAGCUUCCAUAAAGCGGUGAAUAUUCCUGACGUGGUAGUUUUUCCAAGGUCUGAAGACCAAGUGUCCAAGAUAGUCAAAUGUUGUAAUGAGUAUAAGGUUCCUAUUGUACCAUACGGUGGAGCUACAUCAAUUGAGGGUCAUACUUUAUCACCUCAAGGAGGCGUUUGCAUUGACAUGACUUUAAUGAAAAGAGUGAAAUCGUUACAUGUUGAGGAUAUGGAUGUGGUUGUUGAGCCUGGGAUUGGAUGGAUCGAGCUCAAUGAAUACCUAGAGCCUUAUGGUCUAUUUUUUCCUCUCGAUCCUGGGCCAGGAGCAACCAUUGGGGGUAUGUGUGCUACACGCUGUUCUGGUUCUUUGGCUGUGAGGUAUGGAACUAUGAGAGAGAAUGUUAUCAACCUCAAGGCGGUACUAGCCAAUGGGGAUAUUGUCAAGACUGGAUCUCGUGCUCGAAAAAGUGCUGCAGGGUACGAUCUGACGCGCCUGAUGAUUGGAAGUGAAGGAACAUUAGGUGUGAUAACAGAAGUUACUUUACGCCUUCAGAAAAUUCCUCAAUAUUCCGUGGUAGCAAUGUGUAAUUUCCCAACAAUUAAGGAUGCAGCAGAUGUUGCUAUUGCAACAAUGUUUUCUGGUAUACAGGUGUCACGGGUAGAGCUACUGGAUGAGGUUCAAGUGAAAGCUAUCAAUAUAGCUAACGGGAGAAACUUGCCUGAAGUCCCAACUCUAAUGUUUGAAUUUGUAGGCACAGAAGCAUAUUCACGUGAGCAAACUCUAAUUGUUCAGAAGAUUGCAACUGAGCGCAACGGUUCGAAUUUCAUCUUUGCAGAAGAUCCAGAAGCUAAAAAGGAACUCUGGCGGAUAAGAAAGGAGGCACUAUGGGCUUGCUUUGCAAUGGAGCCUAGUUCUGAAGCAAUGAUAUCGGAUGUAUGUGUCCCCCUAUCGCAUCUUGCAGAAUUGAUAGCAAGAUCCAAAAAGGAGCUUGACGCAUCACCUUUAGUGUGCACAGUUGUUGCUCAUGCUGGUGAUGGAAACUUCCACACAAUUAUUUUAUUUGAUCCAAGCCAGGAGGAACACCGACGGGAAGCUGACAGAUUAAACCAUUUCAUGGUGCAUACUGCUUUGUCAAUGGAAGGAACCUGCACAGGAGAACAUGGUGUUGGUACAGGGAAAAUGAAGUACCUUGAGAAGGAGCUCGGAAUCGAGGCUCUGAGGACAAUGAAGAGUAUAAAAGCAGCUUUGGACCCCAACAACAUUAUGAAUCCAGGAAAGCUCAUACCUCCUCAUGUUUGUUUUUGAUCUAUCUCUCUCUCUCUUAAUCCCCUUUCCUCCUUCGUACUGAUCGAAUAAAAAGCUUUUGUAUUCACUGUCACUUUCAAGUUGCUUGACCAUUUGGCCAAGUAUGGGGCGAAAACUUGUUUUCAGUCAAUACGAGCAUCAGUGUAUGAGAAAGAACAUAACUCGAACUUACAAAGAUGUUCUUCCUGAUGUUGAAGGGAUUUGCAUUAUCAAUUUAAUCACGUUGAGACGGCCAAGGUUAUUUCGUGCAAUUAAGUACAGUUAAUGUAAGAGAAUACUACUAUUGUGUUCUUUAUCUGGGAAAUCCAAAACAAUGUCAUACACCCGGCAAUUAUCAACUGA